AUGAACAACGACGAAAUAAGUUGCGCAGAGGAGGACGUGAAAAACAAAAAGGACAACAAGGUCCUUUACAUGCACCAGGUCUUAGAAAGCCAAUUCGAUAAACAAAUAAAAGAGGAACAAAAUAUCUAUGAAAGAAAUGCCGAUUUAAGAAAGUACGAAGAUUAUAUUUCCCAAAAGAAAAAAAGGGCUUUCACCCUGGGGGCCAUUGAUGGAAUAGGUGGUAUUAGCUUCCUAAAUGCCCCUAUGAUGAAUCCAGAAAAUGCAAAGAUUGACCCACCCAUUUUGCAGCUACCGUCGGCAACCAACUUGAUAAAAAAUGUGCACGUAAAAGUCCAUUUUGACAAGAAUAUUGACAGGUCGUACAAGUAUAGGACCCAAAAUAGCAACAGGGACAUUAUCAGGAAUAUGAAGCCGAUGUAUUCCCUGCCCGAGAAGGUGAUGACCUAUUAUAUGCACGAGGGGGGCCAUUGGCGGGCCGAACAGAAGGGGGAGCGCGUUAAGGAGGGUGUUGUGGAGGAUGUAAAGGAAGAGAAUAAACUAGAUGACCCGCAGAUGGACAAUAUUCCGGACGACUGUCCUAAUAGCAACGCAGACACGGAAACAGACACCCCCUGUGAAGACACACAAAUGGCGUGCUACCCUAAUGACACGUCCGACAUAGCAUUUCGCGGAGAGGGCUACCAAGUAAGAAGCUGUCACGUGUCGUCAGCACCCGCUGAGGACAAAGACGCGAUGUGGCCAAGGGAAACGCAAAUGAUGCCCGCAAAAGCACCCUUAAAAGCACCCUCAACGAAACUGGUGAAAAAAAACGAAGAGCUCAAAAAUAUCGCCAGUACUGCAAUCACAUCUGCGGAAAAUAAGACCCCCCCAGAUGACACAAACAGCACGAAAGUAGACAAAAAUUUGGAAAAUGAAGACCAAUUGAACUUUUUUAAACUAAAUCAAAUAAUGUCACCGACAUUAACGAAUGCCCUUAAAAUGUUGGCGGACGACGCUUUCAUUUAG